UCUAUACUUAAAGAUAAAGGAAGACCAAUCAGAUUUAAAUAUGAUAACAUGAUAAUGCAUUCCUAAGGAUCACAGCUUCAUUUAUUUGCAGAUUAGUUCAUUGAUGAUCUGAAAUCCAAAAAAGGUAGCGUUUAGGUGUGUAUGAGUAUGCUUGGCUGGAAUGGUUCAUGCCUCCUUCUUUUAUUGCCUUUUUUCUGGUCCUCUAGUGAUGCAUAACCGCCAUCUUGCUACAAUGCCACUUGUUGCUAUCACACAGAACCAUACGUAUGGGCGUACCUGCUUGCCCACCCUCGUCGGGCAGCCAUUUAAUUCACUUCUGGCGCUCGUGUUGAUAGGGUCGUGGCGUAGUUGGGCUUGCUCUCCUGCUCCUCAUCACUUCAGAUGAACUGGGUUCCUCUCGGAUGAGUCUGGGCCCCGGUCAGCCCGACCUGCUUCAACCAUAGACUGGGUUGUGUGCUAAUGGGUCAGCUUGCAUAGUGGGCUCUGAAAGGUCUUGGGCCCGGUUCUUAUGCAAGGGCUCGACUGCGGCCCGAGUGCCAAUAGCCCUGCACUCAUCAAGUGCCCCUUUACCUCUUUACCUGCUUAUUAGUUAUCCUAUGAUUAAUGAAAAGGUAAAUUCCAAAACCUCAAUUAUGAUCGUGCGAGCCUAUGGAGGCUCCCUUUAAAACGUCUCUUCUAUGUCUUUACCCAUUUCAAAUUCAUGCUUUCAGUUUUGCUCUAGACUCUUCUUCUUGCUCUGCUUCAGACUCUUCUUCUUGCUCUGCUUCCUCUAAUUUGUCUUUCCUCCUCUCUGCAAAAUUUUCCUGAGGUACGUCUCCAUUUUCCUUAUGGCCACCAUUGGAAUCCCCAAUAUUGUAGGUCUGAGGUCCACGGUCACCCCUUCCACUCUUUCCAACUUUUUCUCCGUGGAAUACAUAGACACCUCCAUCUGUAGGAUUCCUCUUUACAAUGAGAGGAUUGUUCUUCUUGUUCCUCCGUCGAUGGGUUUGAUAGACCCCCAACAAGGUCACAGUUUGAUUUUCUAUGUCAAGCAAUGCGACUUUGGGUUAACCUUUCCUUUCUCCCCCUUCUUUAUCGAGGUCUUUCGUCACUUCGGAGUGACCCCUCAUAUGUUAUCUCCGAAUUUCAUCCUCUUCAUGUGUUCUUUCGAGUCAAUUGGUUUGUCUUGGGGUCUUGUCCCUUCUGUCACUCUAUUUUUCACCUUCUUUUGUUUAGUCCAGGCAAAUCACGGGUUUUACUAUUUUGCUCCUCAGGGAGGGUUGUCUAUCUUCAUGGGGUACAAAGACUCAAUAAAAGGCCAGGCUAAGGCCUUCGUGGUGGUAGAGUUGAAGGAAGGCUUUCGGAUCGACUGGGAUGUUGAUCUCUCCUGGAGGGAGGUUCUCCAAGGCUGUAACGACCUUCCUCAGCUGCCCCUGGUGGACCAGAUCUGCCUUCUUCAACUGACCUCUGUUCAAAGGAAGUAUGAUGUCAAGAAGUGCACGUUCAUGUCUAGUCUUCGGGACUGCCAGGAAGCCGCUUCCACUAUGCCAAUGGAUAAGGUCAAGUUGAUCAGUUGCAGAUGCGAACCGUGAAGUUUUCCAUAUGGUCACUCCCACUAUGGUAGGUCGGACUGCUGUCCCUGCUUCUUCUCGGGUGCUAGUGCCUGUAAGUAAGGACUCUCGGUCUGUGGCCUCUAGGGCCUUACUCAUGGUAAGGCUCCAACCUCAUUGUAAUACCCGGCUAGAUUCCGGUAUCGGAAUUCCUACCGUCCGGUGGAAUCUCGGGUGUCGGAGACUUCUAGAAGGGUAAAACCAUGUUUUUAUAAAAUGUUUUAAUGUAAUUUAUGUUUUUA